AAGUAACUGAUAAGAUACGAUUAAAACUGAAUUUGAUACGAUACGGAAGAUCAGAUACGAUUGUUAUCAUUGAACCGAACCAAGAAGUAGUUCCAGUUUUCAAAAUAAUUUUUGUUUUCUGCUGACUGCUUUUUCAAACAAGUGAGCCACGUGACAUGAAAGUUACCUGUCAUUAAGUAAAAUAUUUUUUAACACAAAUCGCAGCAGUGUGUAUCAGGAUUUCCUCCAAAGAAUAUCCUCAUACCUUUAGAGAAUUUUCAUUUUGAGAUGGGACCUUUGAAGUUCGCUGGAAAAGUUGCUAUCGUUACUGGAGCGGGGGGAGGGUUAGGCAGAGAAUAUGCAUUACUUCUUGCUGAGCGAGGAGCAUCUGUUGUUGUUAAUGAUUUGGGUGGUACCCGUAGUGGAGAAGGAAAAAGUUCAUCUGCUGCUGAUGCAGUUGUGAAAGAAAUAAAAGCCAAAGGAGGAAAAGCAGUCCCAAAUUAUGAUUCUGUUGAAGAGGGGGAAAAGAUAGUUAAGACUGCCAUAGACAAGUUUGGACGAUUGGAUAUUCUGAUCAACAAUGCUGGCAUUUUGAGAGACAAGUCAUUUCUUAAUAUAACCAAUGAAGAAUGGGACAUUAUACACAAAGUCCACUUGAGGGGAUCAUUUAUGGUAACAAAGGCUGCUUGGCCUUACUUCAGAAAGCAAGGAUAUGGAAGAAUAAUAAUGACUGCCUCAGGUGCUGGCAUCUAUGGAAAUUUUGGACAGUCUAAUUAUUCCUCUGCUAAGCUGGGAUUAAUAGGACUAAGUAAUACAUUAGCCAUUGAAGGUAAAAAGUACAAUAUUCACUGUAAUACUAUUGUCCCAAUUGCUGCAUCAAGAUUAACUCAAGACAUUUUACCUCCAGACAUUUUUGACCAGCUGAAACCAUCAUGUGUCAGCCCAGUUGUGGCUUGGCUGUGUCACGAAUCCUGUCCAGACACUGGUGCUGUAAUUGAAGCAGCUGGUGGUUGGGUAGGAAAAUACCAGUGGCAGCGAUCCAUUGGAAAAGCUUUCAUUCCUCCAAGUACCUUAACUAUUGAAGCUGUGAGAGACAAUUGGUCUUCCAUUACCGACAUGACUGACUUUAGCAACCCUAGUAACCUUCAAGAACAAACUGUGCAAUUGAUGGAGUCACUCACUGGUGGUGGUGCUCAACCUAAAGUUUCCAAAAGAGCACCUGUUGAUCCAGACUCUUACUGCUAUGAUCAGGAUAAGGCUAUUCUAUAUGCUUUAGCGGGUACAGUUGCUAUUUUCUUUUUCUUUUUUUGUAUUGAUUUAAAUUUUUUCGUGCUUAUUGUCAUGUUCUGUUAUGUCUUGUUUGAUAUGCUAAUAAUUUUUUCUCAGUUGCUGCAUGGUGAACAGUACUUAGAACUUUACAAACCAUUACAACCAGAAGCUGUGCUUAAAACUAAGUGCCGAUUACUUGACAUAUUAGAUAAGGGCUCUGGAGCUGUUGCCAUUGUUGAAGCUGAGACUUUUAAUGAAUCAAAUGAGCUAGUGAUGCGUUCUGAGUGGACUAUUUUUCUCGUUGGUGCCGGUAACUUUGGAGGUAAACGUUCAACUGAUAAAGCCGUGAAAGUUGCAUCUGCUCCCAACAGGAAACCUGAUGCUGUUUUGGAAAACAAAACUUCAGUUGAUCAGGCUGCUCUCUACAGAUUAUGUGGAGAUAAAAAUCCCAUUCAUAUUGAUCCAGCUUUUGCUGCUAUGGGAGGAUUUCCUGAGCCUAUUCUGCAUGGUCUUUGUUCUCUAGGUUAUUCUACUAGACAUGUUUUAAAACAGUUUGCUAAUUAUGAUGUCAACAUGUUUAAAUCUGUUAUGGCUAGGUUUGCCAAUCCUAUUAUUCCUGGGCACACUUUACGAACAGAAAUGUGGAAGGAAGGUAGUAGGAUUCAUUUUGAAAGUUCUUGUGUAGAAACUGGUAAAAAGAUUAUAUCAGGUGGCUAUAUUGAUUUAUUGGGUGUCCCAAAAGUCGCCAGCUUUCAAGAUGGCCCAGUUACUUCCAAUCCUGCAUCUGCCUUAAAAAGUAAAUUAAUUUUCAAGACUAUGUCUGAUCAGUUAGCGCAAAUGCCAGAAUUGGCACAAAAGAUACAAGCUGUUUACGAGUGGAAUAUUCUUCAAAAUGGAAAAACUGCCGCAAUUUGGACUGUUGAUUUGAAAACUGGAUCAGGAAGAAUUGUUGAAGGAACUAUCAGUGGCCUUAAACCUGGUGUAACCCUUACUAUUGAUGAUGAAGAUAUGUUUGGCUUAGUUACUGGAAAACUUGAUCCACAAAAAGCAUUUAUGGGUGGAAAGCUGAAAUUAAAGGGUAAUAUUAUGUUGACUCAAAAGUUGAAACCAUUGUUAGAAGCAAGAAAAAACGUUCUUCCUCAACCAAAAGUGGAUGCUGAGCCUGCCAUGAAAUGUGACAAGAUUUUUAUGAAUCUUGGGGAGAAGCUGAAGAAAAAUCCUGAUUUGGCUGCCUCCAUUAAAACUGUUUAUCAGUGGAAUAUAUUGAAAAGUGGGAAGCAUGUUUCAACUUGGACUUUGGAUUUGAAGAAUGGCUCUGGUGCGGUCUAUAAAGGAACACCUAAACAUGACAAACCAGACUGUACAUUCAUUUUGGAGGAUGAACUAUUCACAAAAAUCAUGGAUGGAUCUACUGAUCCUCAAAGGGCAUUUAUGUCUGGGAAACUGAAGAUUACUGGGAAUGUGUUAGCCUCUCAGAAACUGCAAGCUAUCUGGGAAAAUCCAGAGGAAGAAGAAAAAAUGUCUUUUGCACCAGCCUCUGAUGAUUCAAAUCAGAGUUUUGCAGAAAUGCCUGCCCGUCUGAAAUCUGAUUUUAUCUUUUUGAUAUUUGCUGAGAGAUUGGGAGAGGAACCUGAACUUGCUCAAAAAAUGAAAGUAGUUUAUAACUGGAAUAUUUUACAAGGUGGAAAAAAGAUUUCUGAAUGGACUGUUGACCUGAAGAGUGGAGCUGGUUCCAUUUAUCGAGGAUCUCCUAAGAAUGGAAAGGCUGAUGUUAUGUUAACCAUGGAAGAUGAAGAUGUUAUUCUCAUGAUGUUGGGAAAACUUAAUCCCCAAAGGGCCUUCAUGACUGGCAGACUAAAAAUCAAAGGAAAUAUUAUGCUUACUCAGAAGUUGAACCAGUUAUGGCAAGAAAUUCUGAAAUCAGGCCGAGCUGUUGAACUGCCUAUCCUUUCAGCCAUUCUAGCUGAUAAACCAUUUGAUCCAUCUUUGAGAAGUGAACCUUGUUUUGUUGAACUCGGAACUAGAGUUGCUAGAAAAUCUGAAUUAGUCAAGGAAUUUGAUGUUGUAGUUGAAUGGAAUGUUACCAAAAAUGGCAAAAAAGAAACACAGUGGAUUAUGGAUUUGAAAACUGAAAAAGGUAUGCUUUCCCGUGGACCUGCUAAAAAUGGCAUGAAGCCCUCUAUUUUUAUAACAGUUGAUGAUGAUAUUUUUGCUGACUGGAUCCUUCAUAAAAUACAAACUAAUCAAGUUCUUUCUGCAAAAACUACUGAAAUUAAUGGCGAUAAAUCCCUUGUAUAUAAACUAUUGGACUCUUUUAAAUUGUCAUCAAAGUUGUAAACUGAUUGGGAUUUAUUCAUUUAUAUACCUCAAAUGAUAUUGCAGCUGUACUUAGCAGCAAAAAUGACAUAUUAAUAAAAAAUGAUGAAUUGUUAAUUUGAUAUGUAUAUUCUUUGAAACUACUUUAUACACAUGCAUAUCUAUCUAAUGUAUUUAUCUCAGUUUUUAUUUGUAUUUAAACAGUGAUUUUUAAAGGCAUUCAAUUUUCUUUUCUUGGAAGCAUGUAGAGCGAAAGUAGAGGUUAUGAAUUGACAUGACUUAUGAUCAAAAUAUUCUCAAACCUGUUGCAUUAUUUUUUUUUCUUUUUUAUAAUUGUUUUUGUAUAUUUGUUAAAAUAAAAAAUUUAUAUUUUUAUGAA